CCUAACGCCGCCGCCCGCCCGCCCCAUCUACUCCAUACCAUCUCUAUACUACUAGUAUCGGCCUGUCCGUACGAUGUCACGGUUGCCUUGGCCCCUCGCGGAGGCCGGGUGAUGAGCUGCUCGUACCGGAUGGGUUGCUCUGCUGGCAGUACUAGAGCUCGACAGCAUCGCAGGAGCAGCAAGCAUGAACAUGUGAGAUACCAGACAUAUUACACAACCAUCGAUGCUCCACUACUCAGCUAUCAGUGCUACGCCCCGCCCGCUGCGCGUCCGCCAACCACUAUCCCCCGCCACGUCGUGUCGCCCGCAGCACGCUCCCGCCGCCGCGUCAUGCCGCCGCCUCCCGCACCUCGCCGCCACGCCCACCCAUCGUGCGCAUCCGCCGACUGCAUCCUCACUGCGUCGCGUCGCCCGUUACGCACCGUCGCCCGCAUUGCGCACUGCAUGUGAGUCGUUAGCGCCUGUGCAGUGCUCUGCACGGGCGCUCCCCGGUCCUUGUUCGCCGACCACCAUCUCCCGUCGCGUCGCGCUGGCACUCGAAGAUUCUCAAGAGGCCUUUGGGAGUACCAAGGCUCUGCGCUCCCGCCCGCUGCUGCACAUUCCGAAUCCGCCCUUCGCCACGCACUGCACAUCGUGCCUCGACGUCCCGCGUCGCCCGCCGUGGCAGGCUACAAAAUCCCUGUGCACGCGCCCUCACACUCUACAUCACGCCCCUACUGUCUUGCAGCAUGGAUGCUCGACCCUCGCCCCAACGCUUCUCGACCUCCGUCCCUCUCGCGUCCGGUCGACCUUUCAAACGUUCACGACACCUCCCCUGCAGACGGUCCGCAGAAUAUGUACGUACUGAGCUCUGCGAGACCGCGCGCCCGGUACCGGCAGCCGUCAUCAGCUUAAGGCCAGAGGUCGAACAACCGCGCGCUCGGCGCGAUGGGUCCGACACGUUAACGCGUACGAUAAGGCCGCGGCAGGGGGUCCCUCACCCGACACGUGCGGCCGAAGCGCAGCGCAUCCGUGAACACGACGUGUAGGUCACCUCGA